AAGAUGAAGAAGAUGCCACUUGAACUAGACGACAAUUUUUGUUAGGUCUCCACAAGGAAAUGUCUGUCAGAGGGAUUGCUUUAUUUUUUCGAAUUUGUACAACUCUGAAGUUACAUCGUUAGUCCUGGAAGGUCAUGUUUUAAAUACACUAGCUUUAAUACCAUCGGAUAUAUGUGUGCAAUUGAGUUUAGUAGAAGUCAAUUUGGCAAAUGGGAAACGGAUUAUUCAGAGAAUCUUGCCUAUCGCGGACUUGCUGCUCUAUGUAAUUAUUCGCUGCUGUACUGUUAGCUACUAGCUAGUGAUAACGCCUGAUAGUUAGUUAGUUAGCUAAAUCGUUUAAGAAAUUUUGGACCGUUGUGAUAGUAACGGGAGGCUUUUACAACAAGACAACUUCUUUAUUGGACGGAAUACAACGGAAGUACAAGGAUAUAACUAAGGUUAUGUUGAAGUUGUUUCGAGUGGAAAUGUUUGUUUUUUACCAUCAGCUAGCAUCUAGUAAAUUAGCUAGUUAGUUGACAGGGGAUAUCCUCGGACAUUGGGUAUGGUGUUGUAACUUCGUAACGUUAACAAGGAAAUAACUUGCUAACGUUACCUACUUUAGAUUUGUUUAACCAUAUAAUUUAACAUAGCAAGUUAACGAUGCGGGAUUCAGUGAAUUUCAGUGUUCUCCAUAGAACCUGCAAGUUGGUCGUCCUUCUAUGUUUUUUCCAUAUUUCGGUCACUUUCAUUUUUUACGUGAGGUCGUUAGAUCUUCGUUUUGCAUUUGCGAAGCACGACCAAACUGCAUCAAAGGACACAGUACCGGACGCGUUUGAAACGAACCACUUUUCUGUAGACAACGUGACUACAAUCACCAAAGAGCUUGGAAAAUGUCCUGACACAUCGCCACUGCUUGUUGGCCCACUGCGAAUUGAGUUCUCCAACCCAAUCAGCCUGGAUGUGGUAAGGAAGGAAAACCCCAAUCUUAAGAAUGGGGGGCGCUUCAAGCCCAGAGACUGCGUGGCCCUCCAGAAGGUGGCCAUCAUCAUCCCUUUCCGCAACCGCGACGAGCACCUCAAGUUCUGGCUCUACUACCUCCACCCCAUCCUUCAGCGCCAGCAGUUGGACUAUGGCGUCUAUGUCAUCAACCAGGACGGUGAUGAAGUCUUUAACCGUGCCAAGCUCCUCAACGUUGGCUACUCGGAGGCCCUGAAGGAGUACGACUACGGCUGCUUUGUGUUCAGUGACGUGGACCUCAUCCCCAUGGAUGACCGCAACACCUACAGGUGCUUCAGCCAGCCCAGGCACCUGUCUGUUUCCAUGGACAAGUUUGGCUUCCGAUUGCCGUACAACCAGUACUUCGGAGGCGUGUCGUCAAUGAGCAAGGAGCAAUUCCUCAAGAUCAACGGCUUCCCCAACAACUACUGGGGCUGGGGAGGAGAGGACGACGACAUUUUCAACAGGCUGAACUCCAAGGGGAUGACCAUCUCACGGCCCAGCGGAGCCGUGGGGAAAUGCAGGAUGAUCCGCCACAACCGGGAUGGUGGGAACGAAGACAACCCACAGAGGUUCGACCGCAUCGCCCACACCAAGGAGACCAUGAACAAAGAUGGCAUAAAAACCCUGUCGUACAAAGUGGUCAAAGUGGAGAAGGAUCAAUUAUACACCAAAAUCACUGUGGACGUGGGGGAAAAAAUGACUCUGCAAACCAAUUAAAACCUGAACCGCCUUGACAACCAAUUUGCCACUGUGGUGGAUGCUGUAACCAAAUGUGCCUUGACACUAUAAAUCAUAUUAUGCCUUGGACUCUUUGGACCAUAGAGAAUGACUGAUCUAAUCAGCAAACAAACAUGUUCCCCAAUAUUCCCUUUAUUUUCGGCCUUUGCACAUCCGAUGGUGAAUUGAACUGGGAUUCCAGCGUUUCCAUCAUAGGAUCCUUAAUGGAAUGAGAGUUGACAUCCGGGGUGGUUUCAGGCUAAUAUGGCCCCCACUCUCUCUGUCUGGAGACGGCUGCUGAGACCAAGUCUUUUGUGAGCUAUUUUGUCUUGGGGGGGGUUGUGAAAUGUCUAAUUGAUUGUCCUAUGCAUCAGGGACUCUCAAAUAAUGUGUUUUGUCACUUCUGGGGAAUGUCUUGCUAAUCCUUUUUAAUGCCUCUGCUGAGAAGGGUUUCAACCAAUCAAAUGCCAAGAGGUCGGGCCAAAGAUGGAACUCUGCAAUUCGGAGGUCAAUAACAAACGAAAUCACUUAGGUUUUGUAAAGAAAACCAAUCUUAAAGGAUUUUUGUACUGAUGUUCCAUGAAGAUUUUGAACUUACCCCAAAGGGCCUAGAAUUCCAAAAACAAAUAGUUGAAACGGCCAAAUCCCAUGAUAUUUACGUUAGGCAUUCUAAUUCUCACUGCUAAGGGUCCUUAAAGCAAAAUAUUUGGGUAUUUGUUUUUCGUUAGUCUAUUGUUGAUAUAGUCCUAAAAUGUUUUGCAUGUCAGCAAUCAAGUUUUCAAGAUGCAUAACUUUUGAAAUACAGCCAGUAUGAUGCAUUUUGCAUCAUAUAGUUUUUAGGUGUUUUUUUUGUUGAGUAUUUUGAACUAUGUGAAAAGUGUCUCUGCUGAAGCUCCCUUCCCUGUGAAGACCACAAUUCAAGGUAGCCUGUAAGGAGGCCUCUCCCCAGUUGGAAAAAGAGGCACCUGAAUGUAUUGCCUGGUGGUGUUGUGAUUGUGUACCCUGAGGUAAAAUGAUACUGCGCUGUUGUCUAUCACAAGUGUCUGGUGUUGUGAUUUAUUUAUUUUUUAAGUCUGAGAUGGGGGGGGGGGUUCUACGCAAAAAAAUAAUCCUCUUGUAUUCAUUGUAUGUCUUUAAGGAAGUGUGAGAGGGUUGGAAAACCAUUUUUUUACUUUUUUUUUGGCCUCGAUGUAGUAACCAAACCACAGGAGGUUGGUGGCCUCUUAAUGAGGGAGGACAGGCUCGUUGUAAUUGCUGGAGCGGAAUGGGGGAAUGGUAUCAAACACUCGAUUUCCACGUGUUUGAUGCCAUUCCAUUUGCUCCGUUAUGGUGAUUAUUAUGAGCCGUACUCCCCUCCGCAGUCUCAUGCCACCACGGGUCCUUAUUGUUCCUCAUAUACAUUGAAAACUACACAAGAUUGUGCGCUAUGAGGCAUGGCAUUGCACAUGUACAGUUAAUCUUAUUGAGGGGAAAAAGCCAUUGCGAUUUUUGACUGGAGACUAGAUAUAACAGAGUGAUUGUCUGUCCAUACUUAGGCUUCCAUGUUUGCUUCUUAAUUCUGUCAGAAGAGGAAUGGCAAUCAGCCUUUGAAGAAUCUGUAAAAUGACAGCCAUUUUUGCCUUGACCAAUUAAUUGAUAUUUUCAAGUUUAUUUGGGUAACUUUGAAACAUUAGUAGGAGAUAUGGGUGUACAUUAACCGCUAAAGCUAAGUCAGUAAUUCCCUAGCUGUUCCCCAAAAGUGUUUCCCAAGAUGCUGUACUUUAGUUAGCCGUUUCCCAAGAUGCUGAACUAUAGUUAGCCGUUUCCCAAGAUGCUGAACUAUAGGGUCUUUGGGCUCGGUCAAGAAAGCCACAUCACAGGCUUAUUCAACUACGGUGAAACGUUGCAAAUAGAAAUCCUUCAUAUAGAAUGAGCACAAUGUACAUAGCAAAUAGAGGUUUUUGUCAGCUCUAUGCAACACAUUUCUAUACUCAAAAUGGGGAGUGUUUGCCACAUUGAAUAAGCCUAAGGAAAGACCUAGUCACCACAUACCACCUCACUCUGGUAGCUACGUACAGACACUCGAAGACAUUGGAGUAGUCCCAUGAUGUGCAGUCUUGCUCUUUAAGCCUGGCAUGCAGGGCUGCAUUAUGUGCAGUGCAUAGCAUUAUAUACUUCUCUCAAUCCACCUAAAGAUUCAUUUUCAAGGUUGAAAAGCAGUGUCUUUUAUAGGUUGGCUGAAGCCAGGUUUGUUUCUCCCAAAGACAAUGGCCUUUGUUGAGAAAGCCAGCAUUAUGUAUGCCAAGUGUGAAUUCGGUUUGUUUUACCAUAGUUAGCUGGCUAAUCUGUAAGGCUUCUAUCUUUUUACUUUUCAUGUUUUCCAUUAUGAUUCAACGUGUGCUUGUGAUUUCUACAAAUGCAUGUGUCUUCGUAUGUCUUUUGCUGGCAUAACAAUUUCAUUCAAAAUGACAUUUCCUGGUUUGUGGGAAUGUUGGUGAAGAUGAAACAACUCAUGUUUCGGUCAUUAAAAUCUUUGAUUUAAGUAAA